CCUCCUGUGUGGAAGGGUGGCCCUUGCCCAGUGGGUGGACCCAGCCGCCGCUCUGACCUUUCUCCUACAUUUAUCCACCUGUCUCCCUCGCCUGCCCGGCCCACUGGUGGAGCAGCAAAUAAAGGCCCCUCUCUUGAACUGGUUUCGCCCAGAGGGAGGCGCAGCACGGGCUGGAGCAGGGAGCCAGCGCUGCCAAUGCUGGGCAGGGCUCAACGCAGCUUGGGCUGGCUGUUGCGGGCAUCGAUGCCAGCCGCCCGGGCCCUGCGGGGAGAAAGAGGCCUGCUCUCCUCCUGUCGGGGCUGCCUCCUCAAGGCUCCUGCUUGGGUGGGGAGGCCCCGUGUCCCGUCUUUCCGCCCGGGACGCUGGCAGCCGCCCCAUGGAGCCUUCCCCCCGCCGCCGCACGGCAGCGCCGUCCCUCUCCCCCCAGGUGGAUUUUGUCCUGGGUGCCGCGGCCUGCUGCAUGGCCUGCGUGUUCACCAACCCGCUGGAGGUGGUGAAGACGCGGCUGCAGCUACAGGGGGAACUCUGCGCCCGAGGCUCGUACCCUCGCCACUACCGAGGGGUGCUGCAGGCCAUGGUGGCCGUCCGACGGGCCGACGGACUCUGGGGCCUGCAGAAAGGACUGGCGGCCGGACUGCUGUACCAGGGGCUGAUGAACGGCACGCGAUUUGGCUUCUACUCCCACGCGGAGGACCUCGGCCUGACCCAGCAGCCGGGAGGGACCAUGGCAGCCGGAGCUGUGGCCGGGGCCCUGGGGGCCUUCGUUGCCAGCCCAGCCUACUUGGUCAAGACGCACCUCCAAGCCCAAACGGCCUCUGCCAUGGCAGUGGGACACCAGCACAACCACAAGAACAUCUCCGGGGCCUUUGAGGCCAUCUAUAAGCGGCAGGGCCUGCUGGGGCUGUGGCGCGGCGUGAGCGGAGCGGUGCCUCGCGUCACAGUGGGCUCCUCGGUGCAGCUGGCCACCUUCGCCUCGGCCAGGGAGUGGGUGGCAAGGCAGCAGUGGUUCAAGGAAGGCAGCUGGAUGGUGGCCCUUGCUGGGGGCAUGGUCAGCAGCGUGGCCGUGGCCGUGGCCAUGACUCCCUUUGACGUGGUCAGCACGCGGCUCUACAACCAGCCGGUGGACGAAACGGGCACGGGCAAGCUUUACCGCGGCUUCUUCGACUGCGUCGUGCGGGUCUCGGGGAAGGAAGGCGUCCUGGCGCUGUACAAGGGCUUCGGCCCCGCUUACCUCCGCCUGGGGCCGCACACUGUCCUCAGCCUCCUUUUCUGGGACGAGCUGAGGAGGUUCACCGCCUGGUGGCAGGCCACCAGGUGACCCCCCCACCCCCCCGCAAGCCGUUCAGGAGCCUCCAGCGGCCCCUGAGAGAGCAGGACGGCCGGGGGGGGCGGGGGCCCCCUCCCCCCCCCCGCAGCUGGAGCACCAGGAUACAGCCAAACAAAGUUGGGAAGGGACUUUGGAGGUCAUCUAGUCCAACGCCCACCCCCGUUCAAGCAGAAGACCUUCGGCCGCUCCAGACAAACCUCUGCAAAGAUUUCUCCAAUCAUCCGGGUUAUGAUGCUCCCAGAAGGCAACUGGACUUACUUUUUUGUGCGCGCGUGUGUGUGUCCUUUUUCUCCCCCCCUCCCUUUGAAAACGUUUCACUUCUCAUCCAAGAAGCUUCCUCGGUUCUACCUUCUUCACUGUCCCGUUUUGUGACCUUCGGACAAGCAGCUGCGGGGUGUGUGUGUGUGCGCGCGUCCAGAUACGGAGCAGUGAAGGGCAGCCGGACAACGAAGGACGCCGGCAGAGCCAGUUGCAACCUUCGACCAAAGUGGAAGUUUCAACCACGGGCCGCCCCUUUUUGUGUGUGUGUGUGUUUGUGUUUGUGUUUGUGUGGUGGGGUCGGCCCCAAAUAAUUCACCCACCUGAGAAAGGACAGUUCCAAGCGGACAGACUGGAUUUGACUCCUGCCUCGUCGUCCCCCCAGAUUUCCCCCCCCUACACACACGCACACACACACACACUUGACCCACACUCCAGGGCCAGAGUCAGAAAGGCGGGGGCCGGAAAGAAGAGGUGGCAAUCCAUCUGGUCCUUCUUCCCCUCGGGGCUGAAGCCGCCGGUUUUCUGCACAGAAGAGAGAGAUCAGGUGAAGGAGGAAAGGAAGAGGAGGAAAAGAGAGAGAAAGAGAGGAUUCUUGAGAGAGGAGAAGGAAAAGUAAGUCCUGCUUUGGGAAGACUGAAUUCUCCUUUGCUGGAGUGGCGGGGGGGGGGGGGCGUGAAGGGAGCAUCAGAGGUGGAAGGGGCCUUGUAGGUCAUCU